AUGAAAGUAACUAGCAUCCUCCUUGCGGUAUCCAUGGCCCUGGCGGCUCAAGCACAAAAGAACCAAGCAUCGCCAUCUGAUGUAUGUAGUACGGAUAUCACUGGUAGCGGACAAGGCGAUUUGGACGCUAUCAAAGGCUGCAAGACCUAUAAGGGUACCAUCACCAUGGAAAAACCACCUGUGGAUCAGUUGAUGUUGGAAGGUGUCGAGUCAAUCCAAGGCAACUUGAUUAUUCGUGGUAGCGACACGCUUACGAGCUUCCGUGCCCCACAACUCAAGUCCGUCAAGGGUGAAUUAUCGAUCUCGCAGCAUACACGUUUGGAACGUCUUGACCUUGGUGCUCUUACAGAGGUCCAAUCGCUUACAUUGUCAGUGUUGCCUGUAUUGGAGAAGAUCGAUUUCGCAGCUGGUCUGUCACAAGUCGAUGAUUUGCGUAUUGAAGAUACACGUGCAUCCAACAUUGGUGGUCUCAAGCUUGAGAGGCUUCAUUCUUUUGCUCUCACCGAGAACACUCUUAUGAAAAAGUUUGAGUUAUCUGCCAAGGAGAUCACUGGUAAAUUGUUUGUCGUUGGCAACAGCAAUGAAAUGGAAUUCGAUGCCUCUCAAUUGGCAUCCGUGCAAGAUGCUACAUUCCGCAACCUUGCCAAGAUCAACCUAUCCGGAUUGGCACACGUGCAAUCUGAUAUUUCAUUCCAUCAAAACGGGUUCAGUGAUUUGCAUAUUGACAAUGUCGAGGAUAUUGGUGGCACUCUUGCUAUUGCCAACAAUGAUCAUUUGACUGAGACCUCGUUCAAGAAGCUUUCUCUCAUAACGGGUGCUUUAUCCAUCGGCAACAACACGCAAUUACAAUCCAUCAGCGGCUUCCCUAGUCUCAAUGCCAUUCAUGGUACAGUAGACUUGGCUGGUAACUUUGACAAGUACGAGUUCCCUCAACUUCAAGAUGUGCGUGGUGGUAUGCGUAUCCAAACUACCAGCAGCUCAUUCAAUUGUCCAGAGCUUGAGCAAAAGUUCAAAAAGAGCAGCGUUGUCAAGGGCAGCAUCUGGGGUUGCAAGUCGAACAUGGAUGCCAACAAUAUGGAUCCCACUAUUGGCCAAGGCGGUGCUGGUGGUGCUGGCGGCAGUGGUGGUUUGGGUUCCAUGCCCAAGAAACAAAAGACCCACAACUCAUCAUCCUCCAACAAGUCAGGCGAUGAUCACUCAUCAGGCGCAUCCUCUAUCUCGCUUCGAGGUUCCUUUGUUGCCCUUGCAGCUGGUUUGCUUGGCUCUCUUGCAAUGUAG